AUGGCCUCUCUGGAUUAUAACAGUGUUAUAAUGGUGCAAAAUGCUGGGGUUUCUGCUAAGUAUAGAUUAUGUCUCAAGAGGCCUAUCUACCCAUGCAUUCAUCUCAACAUGUGGUAUACAAUGGAUUUAAUGUUAGUGAGCGAGAUGGGUCUGUUUAAGAAAGAGGACAUGAAAGGGAUCGAGGGCUUUACCCUUUCCUGCAAAAUUUUAAACAUCGGUCCCGAAGAUUAUUUCAAUCAGUUAGAUGUCGAGGUCCGUUCGCUCUGUGAAGAAGCCUGUGAAUGGAGUGGGUUGACAAACAUCGAAUGGGCUGGUAUUUGUGGUGAUAAGGGAGGGUUGGAAUUUCGUGUAGUUGCUAAAAAUUCGGUAGGCGACAAUGAACUCUGUUCACAUCAUCGGCGGUAUCUCCAUGUAUACCCUUCUGCUGAGGUUGUUCACAAUCCCGGUUCUGGUGGAGAUCCUGCUGAAUACACGCAAAGAGACAUUGUAGAUCACAGAUUGGUUUCGUUGGUGAUAGGGCCAAUUGAGCUUGGACAAUGUUAUAAAUAUCCAUCUUCCUGUAUACACCAUCAAAUGUUUUCCAAUGGUUUUCGAGACGACGCUACGUGUAUAGACGACUCAUUAUUCAACUCAUCACUGGAAUGCUCCUCAUCACGUUCUUCACCGUCCUCUUUUUACUCAUCACCAUCACCCGAAUCGCUCGUUUCCAUCUCUACUAUUUCUAAUCAAUCAUCCUGGACGUCUGAAACUUAUCUAGUCAACAAUCACCGGGCUUUCUCGCUUCCUCAUAACAAAACACUUGUCAUACAAGAACUCUGGGAUGCAGGGAUUCCUGGAAAGGUCUGGGAUUCGGCUUUUAUUGUUGCGCAGUAUAUGGGAGACUGCUUCCUCAAAAAUGAGUCCGUCUUAUUUGGUAAACGUAUUCUAGACUUAUCGACGGGAACUGGCUUCGUGGGUUUAUAUCUGGCUGCAUUGUGCGGUGUAAUGUCUAAUGGCAAAGCUGUCAAGGAAAUGAAACAAACAACCGUCCUAUUGACAGAUCUCGAGCCAGCCAUAGAUUUAAUCGAGAAAAAUCAAUCUUUGAAUCAUUAUUUAUUCAAGGAUGUCAAAGUAUCAACGGAAAUUGAGGUACUUAGCUGGGGCGAUGUUAGCAAGACAAGGCGCCUUGGACCAUUCGACAUAGUGUUGGCGUCUGAUGUUAUUUACGAACCAGAGCUUUUUGAUGCACUGAUUCAAACGUUCGUUACUGUUUGUACUCCAAAUCAAACUCACGUAUACGUCGGGUACAAAAGACGGGGACUAUCGCCGCAAGAAGAAGAAGAAUUCUUCCUUAAGCUUGCUGAGGAGUUUAAAGUGACAGUAGUCGAAGGUAUUGGUAAAGCGGCGGAAGAACAAAAAAUCAAAAUAUAUAAGCUUACGCGAUAG